AUGAAGAAAUGGGUUAGAACACACACGUGUGGUAGGGUAUUGAAUAAUAGUGCUGUCACUUCUAAGUGGGUUGCAAAAACUAUGACGGCUAGGAUGACAUCUUCAAGUGGUGUUAAGAUUCGUGAUAUUGUCUCUGAGAUUAGGAGUAACUUCUCUGUUCGUAUAACUAUGAGCAGGGCAUGGAAGGCCAAACAAAUUUCCAAAGCUCUUAUUGAAGGUGAUGCAGUAAAACAAUGCAACCUUUUAUGGAGAUACUCUGUAGAGUUAAGGAGAGUCAAUUCUGGGAACACUUGUAAAAUUAAUCUGACAAGGGUUGGACCAACAAUACAACCAAGGUUUAGUAACUUUUAUUUUUACUUAGAUGGGCUUAAGAAAGGCUUGACAACAUCUUGUAGGCCAUUCAUUGGAGUUGAUGGAUGUUAUCUUAAGACUAAGUAUGGAAGGACUCUUCUUAUUGCAGUUGGUAGGGAUCCAAAUGACCAAUAUUAUCCCAUAGUUUUUGGUGUAUAUGAAACUGAAACAAAUGAGUCAUGGAGGCGGUUUCUUACCUUGCUUUUGGAGGACAUUGGUCAAGAAAAGAUGAAUAGUUUCAUUGUGGAUACUUCAAAGAAAACAUGCACAUGUAACUUUUGGGAACUAGUGGGCAUUCCUUAUAGACAUGCAGUCGCUGCAUUAGGUUUUAGGAACCAAUCCCCCGAAGAUUUUGUUGAUGACUAUUAUUCCAAAGAUACUUAUGAGAAAUGUUAUGGUCAUAAUAGAAAGCCAAAGAAAACAACAUCAGGACAAGAACAAACUCAAACUGCAACACAAGAACAAACUCAACCUACUGAAGCUCAAACUGCAACAUAA